AUGGAAAAAAUUACUAUUGUCAAAGAUGUACUCAAGAAGGUGCGUCGCUUCAACUUGGUGGGCCGGACUUUAGAAUUUAAAAUUAAACCCGUAGCAGCUGGUAAAGAACCCGUAGGAUGGAUCAGGGAUGCUAUCAACCAGGUCAUUGCUAGGGGUAUAGAUGGCCUCGAUGUAAAUGAUCAGGUAGCGUUUUCCUUCUGCUCCAAGGAUUUUCAACGCGGCGAAGGCUGGGUCCGUUUCAGACCUGUUGAACAGAUCACCUAUGACGACAUAUGGAACAUAAUAAGCAGUGUUUACCAAUCAAACUCAUCUGGGCUCAACACUGAAAAUUUCUGUCUGGGGGUAACUAGCGUGAAAAUGCCGGUCGGGCGCGGGAAAGAUCGGGUCCGUAAAUACAAUACAUUCGAAGAAGAAUGUGCUUCCAGGAAAGGUAUUGUAAAAAUAGACAAUAGAGACAAUUUGUGCUUACCCCGCGCUCUAGUAGUCGCCAAGGCUCAUGUUGACAAGGACGGUGAAUACGUAAAAGUGCGUCGAAAUAUCGGAAAAAUCCAGACACAAAGAGCUUUGGAACUUUGUCGAAACGCAAGUGUGUCGAUUCCUGAAGAGGGGGCUGGUAUACCGGAAUUGCAAGAGCUUCAGAGAUAUCUUACCGGAUACAGAAUAGUAGUAUACAAUUAUAGAAGUAAAGGACGAGAAGUGAUUUUUAGCGGUUGUGGUAACGAUGGACCGACACUUAAUUUGCUCCACCACGAGGGUCACUACAAUGUGAUAACUUCUUUGACAGCCGCCUUUUGCUGUGGUUAUUACUGCGAGAGCUGCAACAUACCAUAUGAUCACAAAAACAGUCACAGGUGUGGAGGUACAUGUCCAUGUUGUCAACAAACACCCACUUGUCCCCCAGCGCUAAAAGUGCUAUGUGAUUGCUGCAAAAGAUCUUUCCGAGGUCAAGACUGUUAUAAAAACCACAGAAAAUCUGGAUCGCUUGAGAAAGGUACGGUCUGUGAGCAAAUUACAUGUUGUGAGACAUGCCUCAAAACCGUGAAAACGGGUAGAAAACAUAUUUGCGGUGAAAUAUUCUGUAAAACCUGUUCCGCGUACGUACCCCAAGACCACAUGUGUUUCAUUCAACUCGAAAAAGGAAGACCGAAAACCAAAGACCUUCUAUUUAUUUUUUAUGAUUUGGAGACAAGACAAGAAAAAGUGAUUGAUGACGGUUCUCUCCUCCACGAACCAAACCUAUGUGUCUUUAAACAGUGUUGCGAUAUAUGUAUAGGCGACAUCAAUUUAUACAUGUGUCAGAAAUGUGGGCUCAGGACGAAUAUAUACAAAGAAAAUAUUAUAAGUAAUUUUAUGAAACAUGUGCUGACAGCAAGACAAAAAUUCAAACAGGUCGUAAUAUUAGCCCACAAUUCCCAAUCUUUUGAUGGUCAGUUCAUCCUCAAUUAUAUUUUGACAAAAACAGAUCUUAAACCGGAAUUAAUUAUGAGAGGAACCAAAAUAAUUUCGAUGGAGCUAGAUAAUGUAAAAUUUUUGGACUCUCUGAAUUACCUACCAAUGGCUCUUUCAAAAUUACCAAAAGCUUUUGACUUGGGCCCUGAACUUAGAAAAGGCUAUUUUCCACAUUAUUUUAAUACAGAAGCAAAUCAAAACUACAUCGGCCUCUUACCUCCUCAGGAAUAUUAUAGUCCUGAUACAAUGAAAACAGAAGAUCGCGAAAAAUUUCUGAAAUGGUACGAAGAACAUAAAAACGAUGAAUUUAAUAUGCAAAAAGAGAUUGUGGAAUACUGCGUAUCUGACGUUGAGAUACUGGCAAAGGCUUGUCUUAAAUUUCGUCAACAGUUGAUGGAAACUACAAACGUUUGCCCCUUCACCGAAGCUUGCACCAUUGCCUCUACAUGUAACAAGGUGUUUAGGAGAAACUUUCUCAAACCCAACACAAUAGGAAUUAUUCCAAAAGGCGGAUAUCGCUGGAGAGAUACCCAAAGUAAAAUCGCUAUUCAGUGGCUUGUUUGGGAAGAAAAGCAGAGAAACGCAGACAUUCAACAUGCUGCCAAACAACAGGAAGCCACUAUACAUGGCGUUAAAGUAGAUGGUUUUUGUUCUCAAACAAAACAGGUAUUUGAAUUCCACGGUUGUUAUUACCAUGGAUGUCCUAGCUGUUUCAAAUGUAACAGAGGUGAACCAUUGCAGGAUAAUCCUACAGAAACUAUGGAUUUGAGGCAUGAGUCUACGUUAUCCAAAACAGAUAGGUUGAAAAACUUGGGGUAUGAAGUUAUUGAAAUGUGGGAAUGCCAGUUUAUAAAAAUUUUAAAAGAAAAUAAUGAACUACGAACCUAUACCGAAGAACAUCCAUUUGUUACACUCACCCCUCUCAACCCUCGAGAGGCUUUUUAUGGUGGAAGAACGGGUAACACUAGGACGUACUAUAAAUGUCAACAGGGCGAAAAAAUUAAAUAUGUCGAUGUGUGCUCUCUCUAUCCCUAUGUUUGUAAAUACGGUAAAUUUCCUGUGGGCCACCCUAAAGUCUAUGUUGGUGAUAACCUUGAUCAACUAAGUUUAAAAAGAAUUGAUGGAGUAAUCAAGUGUAAAAUAUUACCACCAAGAGAUCUCUAUCACCCCGUACUACCAACAAAAAUGGACAAUAAAUUAAUGUUUGUUCUGUGUCGUACAUGUGGCGAACAAUUGAAUCAGGGAGAAUGUACACACAAUGUUGACGAAAGAUCAUUAAAGGGUGUGUGGAUUAUAGAAGAGGUGAUGAAAGCUACCGAAAAAGGGUAUGAAAUAUUAGAGGUAUAUGAAAUUUGGAAAUACGAUAUUCAGCAAUAUGACAAAACCACAAAUAUUUCGGGUCUGUUUACAGACAUGAUGAAUACAUUUAUCAAAAUUAAGCAACAGGCGUCAGGUUGGCCAUCAAAGUGUGUUGCUCAGGAGCAAAAAGACCAAUAUAUUGAGGAUUUCUUUAAUAAUGAGGGUGUAAAGUUGGAGUUUGUUGAAAUCGUGAAUAACCCUGGUUUACGUUCUUUAGCCAAGCUAAUACUUAACAGCUUUUGGGGGAAAUUUGGACAAAGGGAAAACCAGCCCAAGACCAAAAUUAUCCGAGAUCCUAGCGAACUGUUUGGCAUGUUUGCAAAUCCCGGAAUAUAUGUCAAUACGUUGCUCCCCAUAAACGAUGAAGCACUGGUUGUUAAUUACGAACAUUCGGAGGAAACUUACCAGCCCCUAUCAACAGUAAAUGUAGUGAUAGCCGCGUAUGUCACCGCACAAGCCAGAUUAAAGUUAUAUGGUUACCUCGAACAAUUGGGUGAUAGGGUUUUGUACUACGACACAGAUAGUGUUAUAUACGUGUCUAAGCCUGGAGAAUUUGAUGUGCCCAUCGGUGAAUUUGUUGGGGAUUUGACAGAUGAACUUGAAUCGUAUGGUUCCGGCAGCUAUAUUACAGAGUUUGUGUCUGGUGGACCUAAAAAUUACGCUUUUAAAGUGUUUUCUACUCGUGAUAAUGAAGAAAAGGUGAUCUGUAAAGUUAAAGGUAUUUGCUUGAAUUAUGAGGCAUCUCACCUAAUAAAUUUUGAGAGCAUAAAAGAUAUGGUUCUCAAUGAUGCAGCCCCUGUAUACAUAGUGUCUAAAAACUUUCGUAGAACGAAAGAUCAUGAAGUGGUGACGAGAACAGAGACAAAAACAUACAAACCUAAUUCAACUAAAAGAAUGUUCCUUGCCGAUCACAAUUCUAUUCCGUAUGGAUGUUACCACAAAGAUAGACUACCCGAAAUUGUUGUUAAUGCCGAUAGAAGUGCACAAUAUUGCAAUGACACUGUUAGUGGUGUAGAUAAUCCCGAAUAUUCAGCACGUAUUACAUCUUGUUGUAAAGAUAGGGAUUUUUGUAAUGAUGAAGUAUUAGAAUUACCUAUAAAUUCAGGUUCAGGCUCAGUAUAUUUCACAUCACUUGAAAUUGCUGCAUCUAUAGUGAUACCUACGUUAGUAGUAUGCAUACUUAUAGGAGUAAUAUAUUUUUGUCACACAAGUCAUUAUAGAAGAGGCAUUCACCAUCACUUGCGACAUGGAGAAGACAGCAUAGAAGCUCCUGACCAUCCUAUUUUACAUAAAGGAGUUAGUUUAAAACACAUGAUUGAAAUGACGACCAGUGGUAGUGGUUCAGGGUUACCUUUACUGGUUCAAAGAAGUAUAGCCCGACAAAUACAGUUAGUGGAAAUAAUAGGCCAGGGUAGAUUUGGUGAGGUAUGGAGAGGAAGGUGGAGAGGAGAAAAUGUAGCAGUGAAAAUAUUCAGCUCUAGAGAGGAACGUUCUUGGUUUCGUGAAGCAGAGAUUUAUCAAACAGUAAUGCUGAGACAUGAUAACAUCUUGGGAUUUAUAGCUGCUGAUAACAAAGGUAAUGGGGAACGGUUCAAAUUUACUUUUCUUCUUCAAUAUUCAAUAUUUGAUGUGAAUAAAAAGGUAUAUGAUGUCACCUAA